AUGUCAUUGAUAUGCCAUUAUUUAUUUAUUAUAGGUACUAUAAAUACUUUAUAAAUAAACAUUACUUAUAUAAAAAAUAAUUAUUUAAGUAAUGAGUACAACUUUUUAAACCAAAUAAUUUUUAUUUAUCAUGUCCUGUAAUUAUGCAGAGGGAUUAUCACCUUACGAACAUAAAGGUAUUUUGGGAAUUCCAGAGAAAUUUGAACCAAUCGAUAAAUUUAAUAAAAAAUGUGAAUUACUUGCUCAAUUAAUUAGUAAAAGCAAGCAUGUGGUUGUCCACACAGGAGCUGGAAUCAGUACUUCCGCUGGUAUACCUGAUUUUAGAGGUCCAAAUGGUGUGUGGACUUUGGAAAAGGAGGGUAAAAGGCCCACUGUUAAUAUAUCUUUUGCUGAUGCCAAGCCCACCAAAACACACAUGAUUCUAAAGAAACUAGUGGAAUGUAACAAGGUUCAUUAUAUUGUGAGUCAGAAUAUUGAUGGUUUGCAUUUAAAAUCUGGACUCCCUAGAAAAUAUUUGGCAGAACUUCAUGGUAACAUGUUUAUUGAUGAAUGUAAUGUCUGUAAAAGACAAUUUGUUCGCAGUCGGCCUGUAGAGACAGUAGGUAAGAAAUGCAGUGGGGUACCUUGUGCAGCCGAACAUAUCGGUGGGCGACCAUGUCGCGGCCGACUAUAUGAUGGUGUGUUAGACUGGGAGCAUAGCUUACCAGAAAAUGAUCUGUUAAUGGCGGAAUGGCAUUCAAGCAUUGCAGAUUUAAGUAUAUGUUUAGGAACAACACUUCAAAUAGUUCCAAGUGGAAAUCUACCACUAGAAACUGUUAAAUAUGGAGGUCAGCUAGUUAUUUGCAACUUACAACCCACGAAACAUGAUAAUAAAUCAGAUUUAGUUAUAAAUUAUUAUGUUGAUGAUAUUUUGGAGAGAGUUAUGAAUCUAUUAGACAUUGACAUACCAACAUAUAAUGAAGCAGAUAAUUUAACUAUACAAGCCGAAUCUUGUGUCAUAGACUGGACUUUAGUGAGAAAAGAUGUGUUAGCUCUUGAAAAAAUUUUCAAAGCAAAAUGUAAAGGUGUGAAGAAGAAAAAGAUUUUGAUUAAAAAUAAAAGGGACAGUUCAGAUGUUGUUUCAAAGAAUAAUGUGGAUAAUAUCGAAGUUAAAUCUAAAGUAAUAAAACUUGAAGUAACUAAUGAAAAUGUAGCUAAUGGAAGUAUGAUUAAUAGUGAAAUAAAGACUGAGCUUUUAGAUGAUGACAGUGUUAUUAAAUCUGAACAAAGUACAGACAGUGAUGUUAUUCUGGUGUAAAUAUAGUUUAUUAUGGAAAUCACUGAAUUAUUGAAUUUUGUUUUCAACACAGAUCUCAAUAAAAUUAACAUUUUAAGUUUUCUUUUUAUUUUAUAAAAGUAAAAACAUAUUGUCAAUUUGUAACAAUUGUAAAUAAGUAUAGGUAUGUAUAAAAUACAAAUAAUUCCAGUCAUGAAAAUAAUAAAUAUGAUAUGGAAUCUUCUAGUAUACAGCUCACAAUCAAUAAGUAAUCUCUAAAAACAACAGUACAUUCCCAGUUCUUUGGCAUUUUCUUUUCAAAAAUAAUUUUAACAAUAAGGUAUAUUUAAAAAAAAUAUUUCCAUAUUUAUCUAUAUAUAUUUCUAUGUUUAGCCUAUACUUUUUAUCACAAUUCCAAUUUAAUAAUUAAUAUUUAUACUACUAUAAAUAUAUUAGUACCAUAAAUAAAUUGUUGAAUAUAGACAUUAGCACAUGGAGGUUUGUUGUUUUCUUUUAUAAACAAACAAGGACUUUAGAUAAAAUAAUGAGAUCCAUAAUAUAACGCCAUAUAAUCAACAGUUAUAAGUGGCCUCUAAAACUGGGUUAUUGGUCGACAUAUAAUGACAAUUUAAAAUCUAUAUUUAAAUCUACGGUUACCACUUUCCACCAGGUGGUUGGUCAACUUGUUUGCUAGUUUAAGUAAAA